AUGUCCUCAAAUGCAAGUUGUAUUUUUUGUAAAAUUAUUAAAGGUGAAAUACCAUCUUUCAAAUUAAUUGAAACUCCAAAAACUUAUUCAUUUUUGGAUAUCCAACCAACUUCAAAAGGCCAUGUUUUGAUAAUUCCUAAGUAUCAUGGAGCAAAAUUACACAAUAUACCAGAUGAAUAUUUGAGUGAUUUAUUACCUGUUGUUAAAAAAUUAACAAAAGUUUUAAAAUUGGAUGAAAAUAAUUCACCUGAAGGAGAAGGUUAUAAUGUAUUACAAAAUAACGGUCGAAUUGCUCAUCAAUUGGUUGAUCAUGUUCACUUCCAUUUAAUUCCUAAACCAAAUGAUAAAGAAGGUUUGGAAGUUGGUUGGCCUGCACAAGAAACUGAUUUUGCUAAAUUGGGUAAAUUACAUGAAGAAUUGAAAGAGGAAUUAGCUAAAUUAGAUAGUGAAAAGUUAUAA